CUGGCUUAGCUCUCCUUAGCAAAAAUAAACACAAACUCACUUUCUUCUUCUUCUUGUGCAAUGUUUCUCAAAGUCUAUACAACAAAUCUUGGAUUUCAAUCCAACCCAGUUCCCACAUUCUCACCAAUAUUCAAUCCAAGAACUCUCCCUUACAAAACUCCCAAGCUCUUUGAGUCUUCAAGUAGCCAUAGAAAUGUUUUUGUUUAUAGGUCUAAUGUUGUGGACAAGCAGCAACUAGUGUCAUUCAAUGAGCCUGAAAACCAGCUCAUUGAAGCCCUUAUCGGGAUACAAGGCCGAGGCCGCUCUGCUUCUCCUCAGCAACUCAGUGAUGUUACGCGCGCCGUGCAAGUUCUAGAAGGUUUAGAAGGUGUGCCGGAUCCGACAAACUCUAGUUUGAUUGAAGGUCGAUGGCAGUUAAUGUUUACAACUAGAACUGGAACAGCAUCUCCAAUUCAGAGAACAUUUGUGGGGGUUGACUUCUUUAGUGUGUUACAAGAGGUUUACCUUCGGACAAAUGAUCCACGUGUAUCCAAUAUUGUAAGAUUCUCUGAUGCAAUAGGUGAGCUAAAGGUGGAGGCAGCAGCAUCAAUUAAGGAUGGUAAACGAAUACUUUUCCAGUUUGAUCGAGCAGCCUUUUCUUUUAAAUUUUUAACAUUUAAAGUGCCAUAUCCAGUGCCAUUUAGACUAUUAGGAGAUGAAGCAAAGGGUUGGUUAGACACGACAUACUUGUCUCCUUCUGGAGACCUCCGUAUCUCAAGAGGAAAUAAGGGCACCACAUUUGUGCUGCAAAAGAAAACUGAACCGAGGCAAAGAUUACUGUCAACCAUUUCCACCGGUAAAGGAGUUAGGCAGGCAAUUGAUGAGUUUAUCUCCUCAAACCAGAAUCUAACUGGAGGUGAAACAGAACUCCAAGAGGGUGAAUGGCAAAUGAUUUGGAGUUCACAGAAGGAAGUGCGGCAUCUGUUCCAUUUAUGCUUAUUGACACAUUUCCAUCUCUUCUGCCCAACAAAACAGUCCAUGAUUUCCCUCUACUCUGCAAACCAUUACCGAACAUAUAUGGUGAAUUAGUGUGUACUUGAAUUUCCGUCAAGAUAAGAUACUUUCUAUCAAGAACUUUGUGAUUCAAUGACAUACUUAUCCAAUCUUUCUCAUCUUUUCUUAUUA